GGGCUUGGAGGGACGAGAGGAGGAUAAACUCAGCGGAUAAAGAUGUAAAUAAAAACAGUCGUCUCCCAGCUGAGCGAGGCGAUCUUCAGCAGAGUUUUUGGAUCAAUCAGGCAGACAGUGGCUUCUUUUGAUUAAACCCCAAAUUGUCAUUGGGCAGAGGUAAUCAUGUGACAGGCAAUUCGGUCCAAUUUCAACCUUGUCUCCAUGAAUUCAAUAGUUUAAUAGUAGCUCGGUCCCCAUACGGCCGUAAUCAGUGACAUAGAAAAAACACCACCAGGAGAAUUUUUUUUAAAUGAUUUUUUCUUCCUCGUCACCGCUGAGCCGCGACAUUUAUAAAAAUACGCGUGCAAACUUUCCUCGGCUCUCAGGGAGCGGAGAUGAAUUACGAAUUCGAGCGAGAGAGCGGUUUUAUCAAUAGUCAGCCGUCGCUUGCUGAGUGCCUGACAUCUUUCCCCCCUGUCGCUGAUUCAUUUCAAAGUUCAUCAAUCAAGAGCUCGACGCUUUCACGCCCGACACUGAUUCCUCCUCCCUUUGAGCAGACCAUUCCCAGCCUGAAUCCGGGCAGCCAUCCGCGGCACGGCCGGCCCAGACACAGCCCCGACGGAUGCAGCCCGCUGCCCACUGCCUCCUUACCCCCGGAGUACCCCUGGAUGCGGGAGAAGAAAGCCUCAAAAAGGAACCACCUGCCGACCUCCACCGCUACCACCAUUUCCAAUGGACCUGUGUGCUUCUCCCCGAAAGGCUCGCCUGAGAUUGUGGAGAGCGGAGGGGGAGGAGGGGGCUCCCGUCGGCUGAGAACGGCUUACACCAACACACAGCUGCUGGAGCUGGAGAAGGAGUUCCACUUCAACAAGUAUCUCUGCCGGCCGAGGAGGGUGGAAAUAGCGGCCCUGCUGGACCUGACCGAGAGGCAGGUCAAAGUCUGGUUCCAAAACCGGCGCAUGAAGCACAAGCGGCAGACCCAGAGCAAGGAGAACCACAACGGGGACGGGAAGGGGCAAAGCGUCGAGGACGGCAUGCACAGCGACGAGGACGACGAGGGCCCCCUGUACGAGCAGAGCGGGGCCCUGCUGGAGAGAGAUACCUGCUCCUUUCAGAACAACGCGCAGCAGCUCCACAAUGGAGAGUCCAUGGGCUUUGCUGCUGCGCCGCUGAACAGCAAUGACAAAAAUCUGAAACAUUUUCCCAACCCGUCACCCACUGUUCCGGGCUGCAUGUCAACAAUGGGCCCCGGCUCGGCAUCUGGCCCGGACAAUGGCGACAGUCCCCCGGCCCUGGAUGUUUCUUUACACGAUUUUCAACCUUUCUCCUCGGAUUCCUGCCUACAGCUCUCAGACGCAGCCUCGCCGAGCUUGUCAGAGUCUCUGGACAGCCCCGUGGACAUUUCUACGGACAGUUUCUAUUUUUUCUCGGAGUCCCUAACUACAAUCGACCUGCAGCAUCUAAACUAUUAACUAAAUUCAAUCACAAUAACUUUUUUCUUUUUUUAAAAAAAAAAAAAAAAAACUGGGGACAAUAAAUAUCAGGCUACGACGGUAUUAACUCUGAUGUUAUUUGUAUAUUCGGCACAUUUAUUCUGUUGAUAUUUGACUUGACGAUUAAUACAAGGUAAGGAUGAAAUGAAAUCACUGAAAUAGCUCUACCCAAACGUGGCUUGUAAUCACCAUAACAACUUGAUCUCUUGGAAUGGAAAUUAUGAGUGUAUGUGAAUAAUUAUACAAUAUUAGGCCUAUGGAUCUUGGUCAUUUUUAUUUUUGUAGCUUCCAAUGUCUUGGAUAUUUUUGUUAGAAUACAAUUAACUUGCUAAAAUAUUUUUUUCCCCUGG